GCAGCAUAUAAAACUUAAUCUCUAAACACUUUUAUUUCAGUUAAACGAUGACAAAGUGGUUCUCUCUCUUGCAAAGAAAAGCGGGUAGGUCACGCAAAGAAUGUGACAAAGAUAGCUUUUCUGGCAAGCCAAACGUAAACAGAGAAUACCUGAAAGCAUUCAGAACAAAAUCUUACGUUGAAAUAUGCAACAAAGCUCAAGAGCAGAAAUCAGACUCUUCCAUGUCUUCUCCCCUUACUUCCUUCAUGCAUCUUACUGAAUGUUUGCUGGAACCCCGACAAGAAAUUGUGACAAACAUGACACGGAGCAUGAAGAUGCAUCAUCUUUUGGUGGAUUACUUCGAAGCCACCUUAGAAGCAUGCCGUUGUUGCGACACAAUCCUUGAAGGCGUGCGCCAAACACGGCUUGCCAGUGAUAGAAUCACAACCAUUGUUAAGCAAAGCAAAAGAGUGCAAUUUGAUGGAAACCAAUGUAUCUAUACAAAGCUUGCUUCCUUUGUAUUGCAAGAUAACCCUUUGUCCAGUGUAAGCUUCGGCGACAUCCAUGAAAGAUACAUGUUGCUCCUGCAAAGACUAAAUUCAAAGAGAGGGAAAACCCAAAGAAGAUUAAUAAUUAAGCGGGUUUGCAAGAAGGUUGGAAAAACAGGUCUAGUCAUUUUGCAAAGUGCUCUUGUGGUGGCUUCACUAGUCGUUGCUUUCCAUAGCAUAAUUGGGAUUGUUGUUGCACCCUGUAUCAUGGGUAGUUUUUUUGGUUUCAUGAGGAAGAGAUUCAAGUGGGUUCAUAAAAGGCAGAGGAGCAGAAACACUUCUGAAGGAUUAUACCAGCAACUUGAUGUUGCUGCUAAAGGGGUUUUUAUACUGAUCAAUGAUUUGGAUACUAUGAGCCGUGUGGUUAAGAGGUUAGACGAUGAGGUAGAACAUUGGAGAGAGGUUGCUGAUAUCUGUGUGAAGAAUGGCACCAGUUGCAGGGGUGAAAUACUAGAGCAUGUUGUGAGGGAAUUUCAUGACCACGAAUCUAGCUUUGUGGAUAUGUUGGAAGAGCUUGAAGAGCAUGUCUAUUUGUGUUUUCUCACCAUAAACAGAUCUAGAAGACUAGUUAUGGAAGCUAUUACAGAGGAGCAACAUUAAAAUAGAAUUUGACACCACACUUUUCCUUUCUUCCUUGAGAAAAAAGUUUUAGCGGCACAUGAGUUAAGUUCAAUAAGAAGCUUU